AUGGUCCAUUUAUUAUAUAUUUUCUUCAGAGCUUUAAUAAUUUUUUACUGCAUCACUGUUAUUCUUGUAGACUGUCUUGGUGGUAGCGGAUAUAACGCAUUUUAUAUUGAAAAUAAAUUGUAUUUUAUUGGACCAUACUCGUCUGAUCACUUUUAUAUAGAUUUAAAAGGCGUAACAUUAGAAAAUGGAACUAUUUCCACGACCCAAUGGAUCUUUCUUGCACCUUCUCCUAUCUACAUUAUAACUGAUAAUCCAUUUAUAGGUGGCAAUUCAAAUAAAAAACUUUUCUUUAUUGAUAAAAGAUUACCAAAUGAAAGUAUUUUUCUUACACAUUCCUGGAUUACUAAUAAAACAACUGGCAUUUCUUAUUCAUUUCAAGGACUUGAUACUGUUGUAGUUAUAUUUGAUACGAUUAAUUUUGCGUGGAUAAGUAGUAAUUCUACUCCGCAAAGUUUAUUUUCAGAUUACUUUGAUAUUUAUUCAUGCAUUCCAAUUUUGCUUUCAAAUGGUCAAAUAUUAUAUAUUGGUGGAAAUUCAUCAGAUGGACGCGUUAUUGUAUAUGGUGGAGAAAGUAAUUACGGCGAAGAAAGUAAUUUAUCUACGUCAGCUAUCCCGUAUUUGGCAGUUUUGGACACUUCAAAAACACCUUUUGAAUGGUCAACACCAAUAGAAGAAAAUUCUAUAGGAUGUUUGUCUGGUCAUACAUCUGUUAUGGUCAAAAAUUAUAUGAUUACAGCAUUUGGUAAGAAUUUAUCCGAAAAGGACGAGCUUAAAAGUUUUGCUAAUAAUAUAUAUAAAUUAGAUACAUCUAAUCUAUCAAACUAUAAAUGGUCAUUACUAUCUAAUUAUGAUGAUCAAUCUAUACCUGUAGUAUAUAGUAAUUCUUCUCAAACUUCUCCAACUCCAAUUACUACAUCAUUUGAUAGUUUUGAUAAAACUAAAUUAAUCACACGCUGGAUUGUUACAAUUUUAGUUAUAGUUAUAGCAUUUGCGUAUUUUUACGUUGUAACUUGUCAAGCUCAUCAGGAUACGGAAUAUGACGACCAGGCAAACCCAUAUUUAAAGAAUUGA